CGGCUGGCUCUCUCAGAUCGCUCUCGCUUGACUACCAUUGCUGCACGCAUUGUUGAGGUGAAAGGAAAGUGGACAGCUUGAUCCCGGUGUGGGAUGCGUCGGCAGAGUCUUUUCUAAAUGCUGGAUUUGAGAUGUGUGAAACAGAAUACCGACAGUGGGAGGGAGAUGGGGUUUUGAUGUGAAGGACAAUAAAGCAGAAAGGCUGGAAAGAGGACUCAGAUCCAGCUCUGGAGGUUUGGAGAGGGUGUCCACCCCUGCAGUACCAGGGAGGAGGAGGAGAAUAACGCUUCCUACCACAUUAAAAGAAGCCGUGAGCUGUGUUUGCAGCGUGGGUGGGCAGGUGAGGGCUGAGCUGUGGUGACAACUUUGGGCUGAAGUCUGGUACAGAAGAGGAAGAGGAGGAGGAAGAGGGUCUGGGCGUGAAGCCCAAACACAAGCAGGAUGGGAGAGAAGAAAGUUAGUCUCCCUGCUAAGCUGAUUAAUGGGGGCGUGGCGGGCCUGGUCGGUGUGACAUGUGUGUUUCCUAUUGACCUGGCCAAGACCCGCCUGCAGAACCAGCAGGGCAUCCAAGUCUACAAGGGAAUGCUCGACUGUCUGGCAAAGACUGUCCGCUCAGAGGGCUAUUUUGGAUGCUACAGAGGUGCAGCAGUGAACCUCACGCUAGUCACACCAGAAAAAGCUAUUAAACUGGCCGCAAACGAUGUCUUCAGACAGAAGCUCUCCAAGGAUGGGCAUUUGCCCCUGUGGGGGGAGGUGCUGGCCGGCUGUGGGGCCGGGACCUGUCAGGUGGUGGUGACCACGCCCAUGGAGAUGCUGAAGAUCCAGCUGCAAGACGCAGGACGGCUGGCUGCUCAGAGGCCUGUUCCUGCUCCAGCUCAGGCUGCUGCUCCGGGGCCGGCUCCAUCGCUGGUGGCCCCCCCACCACCGGCCCGGUCGGCCCCUCCACAGCGGCCCUCAGCCACGGGCAUCACAGUGGAGCUGCUGAAGACCCGGGGCCUGGCUGGGCUCUACCGGGGGGCAGGAGCCACCUUAAUGAGGGAUGUCCCCUUCUCGAUGAUCUACUUCCCGCUGUUUGCCAACCUGAACGCUCUGGGCCGGGACAGUGCAGACGGCCAGGCUGCUGUUCAGGCCCAGGCUCCGUUCUGGCAGUCGUUUGUGGCAGGAUGCUCAGCCGGAUCAGUGGCAGCGGUGGCCGUUACACCACUGGAUGUAAUAAAGACUCGUCUGCAGACGUUGCAAAAAGGUGAAGGAGAAGACACAUACAGAGGAAUUAUUGACUGCACGAGGCGCAUCAUGACGCGAGAGGGUCCAUCAGCCUUCCUGAAGGGUGCAACGUGUCGUGCUUUAGUCAUCGCUCCUCUCUUUGGCAUCGCGCAGGGUGUCUACUUUCUCGGGGUGGGGGAGACGGUGCUGGGUUUGUUGGGAUAGCGGCGCUCAGUGUUGUGGUUGUGUUGUUUCUGUACACAUAAUACACUGCUUUAAUCUGCAGCGAAUGAACGACACAACCAGGUACAAAGAGAAAUAUGACCAUGAUCCCCGAACCAAAGGAAGAGCAAUGGGCUACAUUAUGAAGAGGCUCUAUUUACUAACAUGUGGACUGGUGGGUUCACACUAAUCACGGUUCUAGAGAUUUUUACAUGCUGUCAGCAGGGUUCUGUAGGUUAAACAAGAUCCUGUCUAUGUGUGGCUAAUCUGAGGAUGUAUGUCCCAAGAUGCUGUCAGUUCAUUCACCUAAGGCAGGGGUGUCAAAUUCAUCUUAGUUCAGGUUCCACAUUCAGCCCAAUCUGAUCUGAAAUGGGCCGGACCAGUAAAAUCACAGCAUAAUAACCUAUAAAUAACUCCAAAUCUUCUCUUUGUUUUAGUGCAAUAAAGUACGCUCUGAUAACGUUCAUAUUUAAGGAAUUAUAGUUUUACAAAACAUCAUGAACAACCUUAAAUUUGGUAAGAAAAAUGAAUUAAAUUUCAGCAACAUUCAGUCUCAGUUUAUCAUUUCCACAUUACAACGUCCAGAUCACAGAGUGUCUACAAGGGAACACAACAUUUAGUCACAGCUAUCUGGAACUGAAUUAUGUAGUAUUUUACUUUUUGAUCAAAAUGACAAAAGUCAGAGAAAAAAGACACAAAACAACAACACAAAAUACUACAAAAAUGAGACAAAACAUAAAAAAUGAGACAACACAAUGAAAAUGAGACAUAAAACAAUGAAAACAAACGACAAAACUCAGACAAUAAAAUACAAAAAACAACAAAAACAAGACAAUACAAAAAUGAGAGAAAAAUUAGACACAAAUGAGACACAAAAUGACAAAAAUGAGACACAAAACAAUGAAAACAUGAGACAAAUGACAAAAGUCAGAGUAAAAGACAAAAAAACAACAAAAACAAGACAAAAUAAUACAAAAAUGAGACACAAAAUGACAAAAGAACAAUGAGAAAUCUAGUAUUUUAGUUUAUGAUCAAAACAACUUGUCGUGGCCUAGAAAUGAUUUUAAAUUUAUAGUUUUACUAAUUUACAAUCUGUAGUUAAUGUCUUCUCUGUAAUUUUACACUUUGAGGGUGGGAUUGGACCCUCUGGAGGACCACUUUUGGCCCGCGGGCCGUAUGUUGGACACCCCUGACCUGAGGGAUAAUAUUCUGUCUGGUUGUUACUAAGAAAGAACGAUUGCAUGUUUAUUUUUUGGUUGUUUUUUUUGAGGCUGCUAACUAAAAUGCCUACCAGUCGGACCUUUCUUUGGUCUGUGCAUCAUCCUAUGGAAGCAGACUUUCUUUCAAGCCCAAUCACUCAGAUGUGAACGUCUUCUUUAGAAAAGGAGCUUGACAUCCUUCUGCCUGCUCGGUUAUGCAUUCCUCCCACUCCGUUCUGGAGGUGGAAGUUGUAAUCUGGGAUUCCUGUGCCGGACUGGGAGGCGCUGCCUUUCAGUAUCUAUAAGGUCAUUAGUUAAUCUGAAGGUAAUGCUUUAAUCCCUGUAUUAGCAUACAAUAUACCCUCACAUACAGCUCACUUCCUGCUUAAAGGCCACACAGGUUAGACUGCUACACCUCUAUCUCUUCUCUGCAGCCUGCCAGGAUUUACAGGAAACCUUCUGGCUGGUUUUACUGCUUAGUUCCAGUUAAAAAUACGUUGCUUCAAACGAUGUACGCACAAUAACUGAAGGAAAUGCAAUUAAAGCCUUAUCAUUGCUGAUAGUUUCUAAAGCAUCAAACUGUAAGUCUUAAACGGAUUCAGCGGAUUUGGUGGUGUUGAAUUGUUGUUUUGGUACUUGAGUCCAGUUUAGCGAUGACAAUUAUAACCGUUAGACCCGUGGAGGAAGGAGGAAGUACGGCAGCUCAUCUUGCCAACUGUUUGUCAUUGGGUAGCACUAAAAAGCUUCUUUUUUUUUUUAACAUUUUUAAUGCAAGAUACACUUGGAUGUGGUUAGCAGACCUAGGCUACUACAUUUUCCUCACCGUAGAGUGAACCUAGCCUGAGUAAACUGUUUGUUUACAAGCUGUAAAUAAAGGUAAAUCAUACAUGCUGA